CGAACGAGAUCAGUUGACUCUAAUCCCCCAACCAGAAACCUCAAAGUGGUUCCGUUAUCAUUACACGAACACGAACACAACCAUGUCCAAAAACCCAUAUAAAUACUAUCAUCAAAGAGACACAAUCCAAGAGUUCACGAAAAAUGUCUAAAAGGGUCGUCGAAGAAGAGGGCAAUAAUCCCCAGCAACAGAAGCAGGAAACGAGGAAGCAAGUGAGACAACCACCUUCUGUUCCGUUCUUGUGGGAACAACGUCCUGGUCUGCCUAAACCAGACUGGAAACCUAUCCCGGCGCCGCCACCGCCUCCUCUUCCGCCGCCGGUGAAGCUGGUCGCGUCUGUUCCGUUUGCUUGGGAAGAGACACCUGGAAAGCCUUUCCCUUGUUUCGAGGAUGACCUUUUCUCGGGUGAGGAGUUUCUCUCUCUACCACCGCCUCCUAUGUACGCCAAGCACGACAUGGUCGAGGAAUCUGAUGAAACUGGCAGUGAUACUUCUGGUGAUAAUAAUGGUGUCAGCAGCGACUCGUUUAGCUCAGCGCCAUCGCUGUUAGCGUCAAACUGUCUGGUUUCGUCUUGUGCUGUGCCAGCUGAUGAAAUCGAUGACGGGUUGAAAGGAGAGACGACGUCGUUUCCGACAUCGCCGGCUUAUGAGUCAGACGAGAGCAUCUGCAGCUACAAGACGAGCACUUCCAGUUCCAGCCUCGUGGGAGCUUCUUUCUUGGAGAAGCUCUUUCCGCUUCUUCCACCGGAUUCUGGGCUUGUCCGAAACGUCCAAGCUGAUUCCCAGGAUGUCUCGGUGGCUUCUCGUGCUUUAGCAGAAGCGAAGCCCAGAUCUUCCGACACAGACAGAGGGCAUCCUGUGAGGAAGCCAGCAACGCUGGGAGAGCUUAUAAUGAUGAGCCGAAGGAGGAGUUACAUGAGAAGAGCUGUUGAAACGAGAAAGAAGAAUCCUCCAAUGGUACACAAAUCUGUAAAUACCACUUUCCUUCAGGAAUUCCCGAAGAAUGAAGCUGAAGGAUGCUGCCUCUUUGUACCAGGAAUCAAAAUGAUGGAAGGAAUCGAGUGGAAGAAGAUCCAACCGAGGCUAAAGCUCUUAUAGAAGGAGAGAUUACAUUGAAGGAAUUACUUGAGUUUCAGGCCUCGAGAUUAGAUUGGACCUCGACUCAGGACACCCGGUUACCAAGAAAAAAAAAAACUUGAGUCUGAGGCUCCAUUCUCAAUAUCUUAGACUUCAAAUCUUUGUGAAGCUUUUUUGUGUUCCAUAAUCUCCAAUUCCAUUCUCUUCUUUAGUACAAUGCAUUCUCAAGUCAUAAAACGUAUAGCUUUUACAUUUUA